AUGUUGCGGUACCCGGACCAACCUACACCUCCUUUCAACUCUCCAUACCAACAGCAAUCGGAAAGUUCAUCCAUGCUUGAAUCGCCAUACCCCUCUCCAAACCGCCACGACGGUCAACAAAAAUACACUGAAGGCCUUGGUCUAUACGACUAUCACACUUCGCUUCCACGUGGUCUACCUCCAUCUCCACAGCCUUCUGAGAACUGGAACCCACAAAUGUCAACUGGUGUCUCCCCACUAAUGACUGAUACAAUCGCGGAUCCUUGGACGUCUGGAGCUUUCGACCAUCCCGUCACCCGUUCUCCAUUACCUUGGGCGUCUGCUCACAACUCGCCUCGGUCUUCGCUGUCAUCGUGCACACGCGAAAUGUCGGCCUUCUCACAUGACGGGUCCGAGCAAGCUUUUCCUGGAGUCAAGGUCGAGUAUCCCGGUUGGGCUCAAGAGAUGAGAUGGGGGGCUGCUGAACCAGCAGAUAUGCGUGGGUUGUCUUCGUCGCGAAACCCAUCCCUCACAGUAGCUCCCGAGCGGCUCAAUUCCGAUGUGUUCUCGUAUGAGCACACGUAUGGAGUUCAUCCAGUGCCAAAGCUAGAGUCAACGCCCAUGUACGACUACAACAACCGAACCUUUGAACGAGAAACAUCCGAGGACAGCACUGUACGAGAUCAGUCUCGGUCCAACUACUCGUCUAUAAACGUACCAACGGAGCGCGCCCGUAACCGAAGACACACUGACCCUGCCAACGCUCCAUACCGUUGCCCCUCAUGCCCCGACAAAGGCUUCAAAAGGCGAUAUAAUCUGAAUCAACACAUGUUGCUUCACGAGCCCAACCGAAGAAAGGAGAACCCUUGUCCAGUCGAGGGCUGCUCGCAAGAGUUCAGGCGAAAGACGGACCUUGCGCGCCAUGAUCAAAGCGUUCACCAGAAGGUCAGGCCUUACAAAUGUUCGCGCUGUUCCAGAAGCUUUCCACGGAAAGACACGCUGCGGAGACACGAGGACGAUGGAUGUACCCGGCGCAAUCAGGUACCUGUCACAGAUUCGCGGGUGCUCACGCAGCUCCGACACGAUGGGUAUGCACCGGCGACCGGACUAUAG